CUGUUCUUGCUGAACUGAAUUCUUCGAGACGUUACACCAAGUCAUCCAUCUGAUAAGAUGGACAGACCAGCCUAAAAGCGGCAGUAACUCGGAUCUUUGCCGAAUUACAUCACACCUCUGCCGUAGGAUUGGUGCAAGCGCGUGAACAGUGCGGAAAAGGCUCUUGCGCUCUGCCAGAGGCAAAGUGGGACCAUCUUGCCUGCCAUUAAACAAGGUCAAUCCGGCAGUCGUCGCCCGCAGACCUCUACGGACCUGUGUUUACUCCAGCGCAUCUUCAGAAUUCGGGCGCGCCUUCCGACUUUCCCCAAUGCGAUACCAAUUGCGACUAUAACAAGUGCGAGUGCGAGUGCGACAACACGCUCCGAGAGUGGCGGGUGACCAUGUUCGCCCAAUGCAAAGGCCCAAUAUGGGGCCUGGAUGAUUUCUCUAGGUGUUUUGAGCAAGACUAUCUCCAAACACUCUUCCCUCUCAUCGUAUGCGGAGUAUCCGUCGUUUAUCUGCUGAUCCAACUCUACUUUUCCGCCACCGCGACCACCUACCACCACGCCUAUAGUGCGCUGGACGAUGCACGCAAUGUCUGGUCAUUUCGAAGUCCUCAUUACGAUGGCGAUGCUACGGAUAGCGACUCGGAAGAUGAAUUCGAUCGUAACGAGGAGGCCGCGCUCCAUCCGACUACCAGCCGCCAGACCAUGUCCACCGUCGCCAUAAACAGGCCUCGCGGCCAAGUUACAGUCGUGGUACUGGAAGAGGCAGCUGUUUUGGCGCAGCUGGGCCUACAUAUCGCUGUCUUAAUGACCAAUGCAUGGGGAAAACACGGCACAACUGCAGCUAUUGCUAGCAUCGCGGUUUGGACAUAUAUUGCGACUCUGGCUUCGCUUCGCCUACUUUUCUCAAGCACAAGCAAAUUCUCUUUCCCGGCGCUGUGGUAUCAUACUGCAGUCAUCUACGGCUUCCAAUGGCUCCUUGCGGUCCUGCUCUUCCGAUCAGCCAUCAUCCAUCCUCGGUCCGGCCUUCAUCAAAAGCUGAUGAUCAGCGACUUCGCCCUCACUUCGCUUCUCUUCCUCAUCUCAUUGUGUUCUAGGAAGGGCAACAAAACGGUAGAGCUAGAAUACGAAGGUGAAAUUGCUCCAGCUAGGGAACCCAUAGCUAGUGUUCUCUCGCUCGCUACAUUCAGCUGGGUCGAUUCAAUCGUUUGGACAGGUUACAAGAAGACCUACGAGCUCGCCGAUGUAUGGAAUCUGGCGCCAAAGGACAAGGCAGCAGCCGUCAUUGCAAAUUACCGACAAGUGAAGAAGACAUCGAGCUUGGCUUUUCAUCUUCUGAGAUACUUCAAACGCGGUCUCAUCAUUCAAGCCAGCUGGGCUGCCAUGUCUGGGUUUCUCACAUUCGCUCCUACGAUGCUUCUGAAAGCCAUAUUAGAAUACGUCGAGGCGCCUCAGCGCACACCAGUGAACGCCGCUUGGUUCUAUGUCAUUCUUCUGUUCGUUUCAGGGUUCCUGUCUGCGCUUGCUGAUGGCCAGGCGUUGUGGGUGGGCCGAAAGAUCUGUGUACGGCUGCGCGCUGUCGUUAUUGGCGAGAUUUAUGCUAAAGCGCUUAAGCGAAAAGCUGCUGCUGGAACGGACAAGGUUCUUGGCGAAGAGAAAAAGAAACAAGAACAGAGUGAAGAGCCAAAGGGACUGAAGCGCAUCAUGACUUUUGGCAAAAAGAAGAAGAAUGCUGUUGAGGCUCCUAAGCCAAAGGACACGCCAAAGCCCGAAUCUACUGCCCAAGUAACCACUGGUGCGAUUAUCAAUUUGAUGGCCGUAGACGCGUUCAAGGUCAGCGAGAUCUGCGCCUAUCUACACUUUCUGUGGGCGAACACUCCAGUCCAAGUAGUGGUAGCCGUCUACCUACUUUACCGUAUCCUUGGAUAUAGCUCUAUUGCCGGUAUUGGCAUGAUGAUUGUCUUGCUCCCGAUCAACAUGUACGUUGCGAGACAGUUCGCCAAGAUCCAGAUACUCAUCCUUGCGGCUACCGAUGCUCGAAUCCAUGCUACAAACGAGGUUCUCACCAACAUCCGAAUCAUCAAGUUCUUUGCGUGGGAACAGCGCUUCAUCGGCCUCGUCAACGAGAAGCGGUACACCGAGCUCAAACAUCUUCGUCGGAGAUACAUUCUAUGGGCCGUAGCAGCUACAAUCUGGUCUGGGUCUCCUGUCUUGAUUACGUUCCUCUCCUUCUUAGUCUACACGAAGGUAGAACACAAGGCUUUGAUUCCGUCAGUUGCCUUCACUGCACUAUCACUAUUCUCGAUCCUUAGGAUCCCGCUGGACCAACUCGCUGAUAUGAUAGCGCACGUCCAAGAAUCGAAGGUAUCGGUCGAUCGUAUUGAGGAGUAUCUCAGCGAGCCGGAAACAGACAAGUAUUCGCAGCUCAUCACACGCAAGAAAGGCGAUGAUGGUCAACCGAUCAUUGGUUUCGAAAACGGUACUUUCAGCUGGGGUGGAAAAGACAUGACUAACAAGACAGCCGCGGACGCUUUCAAGCUUAUGGACCUCAAUCUGAAGUUCUCGGUCGGAAAGCUCAACGUUGUUGUCGGCCCUACGGGAUCCGGGAAGACCUCGCUACUUAUGGGACUGUUAGGAGAGAUGACUAAGCUCAAGGGCGACGUGUACCUACCCGGAGGAGGCAGCCGUGAGGACCUCAAACCGGACUUAGACACAGGGCUCACGGAGAGCGUUGCAUAUUGCGCUCAGCAAGCUUGGCUGAUCAACGGCACCAUCAAGGACAAUAUCGUUUUCGCGAGCGACUGGGACCAGAAACGAUACGACGAAGUCAUCGUCGCCUGUUCAUUGCAGCGAGAUAUUGAGAUUCUCGAUGCCGGUGAUGAAACAAUUGUCGGAGAGAAAGGUGUAACACUCUCUGGUGGCCAAAAGCAGCGCAUCUCUCUCGCUCGCGCUCUAUACAGCAAGGCACGCCAUGUUCUUCUUGACGAUGUUCUGAGCGCUGUGGACUCUCAUACCGCCAAGUGGAUCUUCGACUAUGCACUACACGGGCAACUCAUGGCAGAUCGAACCUGUAUCCUCGUCACGCAUAAUGUUGGCCUCUGUCUACCGCACGCUGACUUUGUCGUCGCACUUGAGAACGGCAAAGUGGCUGCGCAAGGUACAGCGACCGAGGUCAUCAGAUCUGGCAAGCUUACAGAAGACCUCACCAAGUCCCGACCUGCUUCUCGCGGGACAUCGAAACCUCCCUCUCCGGUACCUGCUAAUGUUGAUGGCGAGGUGGCGGAAAGCGACACCAAUGGAAAUGCCGAUGACCACCUGACCCACACGAAAGUUCCAAAGAAGACACCAGCCAGCAACAAUCAAGAAGAAACCAAGGCUGAGGGCGGAGUGAAGCUGAGCAUCAUAACGAUGUACCUCAAGGCUAUGGGCCCGUGGUACUAUUGGCUUGGCGCUACCAUCGCCUUUGUUGCCGCUCAGAUAUCAUCAAUCUCUACGAAUUUGUGGAUUCGAACGUGGGCAAAUGCAUACGCGGACAAGGGCUACGCUGCCAUGGAACACCACAAUCAUUCCCCUGUUACACAUGCUCCCACACUGAGUGGCUUGGGCACGUGUAUGACUAGUGGCACUUGCAGCUGGAACAUCCCAUUUUUUGCGAAACCGGAAGAGAAGGCGUACUCCUACAACAACAUGCAAACAAGCUUCUACAAGGGGAACAACGACGUAGACUCCAUCUACUUCCUUGGCGUAUAUGCUGUACUCGGACUGAUCUUCAUGUUCAUCACGUUUCUUCGAGAAGGCUUCCUAUUUGGUGGCUCCCUCGCUGCAUCUCGACGCGUGCAUGAACGUUUGAUUCAGAAGGUGACGCAUGCAAAGUUUCGAUUCUUUGACCAGACUCCGCUUGGUCAGCUCAUGAACAGGUUCUCUAAAGACAUCGAAGCCAUUGACCAAGAAGUUGCACCGGUCGCUAUAGGUGUCGUCCAUUGCCUGGCUUCUAUCAUAACCAUUGUUAUCCUCAUCUCAGUCAUCACGCCAGCCUUCCUAAUCGCCGCUUCCGUCAUCUCAGUGCUCUACUUCCUCAUUGGCCGUCUUUACAUUGACUCUUCCCGUGACCUCAAGCGUCUCGAAUCUGUUCAUCGAAGCCCGUUGUAUCAACAAUUCGGGGAGACUCUGACCGGUAUGACAACGAUUCGAGCAUACGGCGAUGAACGUCGCUUCAUUCGUGAGAACUUGACAAAGGUCAAUACUCAACAUCGGCCCUUCAUUUACCUCUGGGCUGCGAACAGAUGGCUUGCAUUCCGAGUGGAUGUUGUUGGUGCGAUGGUCGCUUUCUUUGCGGGAGCUUUCGUCAUUCUCAGUGUAGGCAGGAUCGAUGCUGGCGCCGCCGGGCUUGCCCUCACCUACGCUGUUACCUUCACUGAGAACAUCCUGUGGUUUGUCCGACUGUACUCUGCGAAUGAACAGAACAUGAACUCCGUCGAGCGUGUUAAGGAGUAUCUCGACGUCGAUCAGGAGGCACCGGCUGUCAUACCGGAGACCCGGCCUCCUUCAAAUUGGCCAAGCAGGGGCUCUGUCGAGUUUAUCGGCUAUAGUACACGCUACAGAUCCGAUUUUGACCUGGUUCUGAACAAUCUAACUUUCAAGAUCCUACCGGGCGAGAAAGUUGGUAUCGUUGGUAGGACUGGUGCGGGCAAGAGUUCGAUGGCGCUCGCAUUAUUCCGAGCGCUGGAGGCUGAGAAGGGCAAGAUUCUAGUUGACGAUGUCGAUAUCGGGUUGAUUGGCCUGCAAGAUCUGCGGGAGAAUAUCGUGAUGGUACCGCAAGAUCCCACACUAUUUUCAGGCACGAUCCGAAGCAAUCUUGACCCAUUUUCUGUCUUCACGGACGAAGAAAUUUUUACCGCCCUCCGUGAGGUCCAUCUCAUCUCACCGACCUCGCAGCCAGCGUCCGGCACUGCCACACCCACCGAGUCGGCCUCACCACCUCAGCCAAUCGAGAUUCCGAAUCCUACGGCCGGUGCUGUCACAGCCGACGUAAACGCCAGCUACUCUGCGUCUACUGUGAAUCCCGGCUCCAUCCUGGCUAAUCGCGAUUGGCAGCGGGGCGAAGCCCAAGACGAUACAAUUGUGGUGAUGCCUAACGGGCAUCUUGCCUCCAAUGAUGAGAUCGCAAAGGCCGCGAUGGCAACCGACAACAAGAACCCAUUCCGCAAUCUCAACUCGCCUGUAUCGGAAUCGGGAUCCAACCUUUCACAAGGUCAACGCCAGCUUCUUUGCCUCGCGCGAGCGUUGUUGAAGGCUCCGAAGGUGCUAUUAAUGGACGAAGCGACCGCAUCCAUUGACUAUGCAACCGAUUCAAAGAUCCAAGAGACGAUUCGCCUUAUCAAGAACACAACAAUCACGAUUGCACAUCGUCUCCAGACGAUCAUGGACUAUGAUAAAGUACUCGUUCUGGACAAGGGCGUCGUCAUUGAGUACGGUGACCCGUACGAGCUGGUUCAAAAGGAUAGCGGAAACUUCAGAGCCAUGUGCGAAACCAGCGGCGAGCUGGAAGCCUUGACGAGUGCGGCAAAAGCGGCUCACAAUGCUAGGAAAGCCACAUAUGCAGGCAGCGACUAGGGAGUGAUGAGAGCACUAAGACUUUUUCUACUUGUAAGAGCGAGCGCACUUCCCAAUGAUGUUUUUAAACCCCCGAAAGAGGAAAGGGGAUCAGUAUGAUCAUAGACUGGGAGGAAAUUAGUUAUUCAAGAUGUACUUCUAGAAGGUGGGAGGCUCUCGUGAGCGGCAUUAGCAUUUUCUUUUUUUUCCACAUUUGUAUGGAGUUGGCGGUGUUUUGCUGCCGGCUCAUACUGUACGUAUAGCGGUGUACCUGGGUAAUGGCUAUAAAGCGAGUGAGAUGAGUAAAAAGCGAAUUCAUCACAAAGCUCGGUCUUUAUCAUUGUCGUGAAUUUUAUUUGUGUUGGGAAG